GCUCGCUGGCGGCGCUGCUGCUGCAGCUCAAGCUCGAGCUGCCCUUCGACCGCGUGGUCACCAUCGGCACCGUCCUCAUCCCCAUUCUGCUCGUCACCCUGGUCUUCACCAAGAACUUCGCCGGGCUUAGAGCCUUGUUUACAAGGAUUCAUACAACAGCCAAGUCUUGAGGAGUCGGCUCCUGUGGUGUUGGAGGUAAUACACAGAGGAUAACAAGUCCACAUGCACACAGCUGUUACCUAGCUCAGCCCUCUACCACCCUUCUGCUAGAAAAUUCUCAUGAGGAAGUAAUGGAAGGAGACAAGUUCUGUAUAGCACAGGAGGAAACAGUUGAAGCGGGAUGCAGCAGUACAUCACCAUGGAACAUCUCUGUACAAUGAUAUUAUCAUCUUGCAACAUGGUCAUCGCAUAUUGGAUGAUAGCUCAUUAUUGAAAAAAUGUCUCCCCAUAAGAAACAGUCUAGGGGCUUUCAACUAGGAAUUUUCUGACACCCCCUACUGCAACAAUUGCUAUUUCUGAACUAAUUCUCUCACACUGGGCCUCUGCAUUUCAAUGGGGACCCAGAUAAAAAUAUUUCUCUUUCCCUGGGGGAGGCAUUACAAGGCACUGUUGAGGCUUUUACGCCUCAUUCCCUGGCCAACUGGAUCUAGAGAAAAGGAGAAUAAAUGUCUGUACUUAGGCUUUCUCAUUGUGGGGGAAAUUGUGCCUCAGGAAGACAAACUGAAUCACCAGGCGUGGAGCCUGUAUUCUGAAGUGUAGGACAGUACUCCUAAAUAAAGAGAGAAGAGGAUCCAGAGCCAUUUUCCUUUAAACAUUACUUUAAAAAAAACACAAAAAAUUAGUUACUUUUCUUAAAAUAAAAUACUUUGGUUACAUGCUUUAUUGCGCAUUUAUUCCUGAGUUAUGUACCUAGUGUGAAUGAUGCAUGCCUGUGGCAGUUUGAUUGCAUGUAUUUAGAUACUGUGAUAUAUUGUGGAUGCACUGUGUGUGGCAUGGUAUUCUACUGCAUUAUGGUAGACCUAUCAGUGUAUGAUAGUGUUCUGUACUAGCUGAGCUCAUGAAGCUUCUCAUCUGGCUUAUCUAGCAGAAGCCUGUGUUUCAGUGUUACCUAUUCAUAUGUGUAAAUCUGGAUUGUGACUAAUGUCUGUUUAAAGCACGGGAUCUUUAUAUGUUCCCUGAAGCCUAAGGGAAUUGUAUUGUGGAAUACAUUUCUGUAGCAUUGCCUAAGAAGGGCUUGAUUCUGCAAGGUGCUAAGCAAUCUGUGGAGGUGCUGAGUGCCUUCAGCUCUCUCUGACUUCAGCACGUUGCAGAUUUAAGCCCCAUGGCCCUGAUUCAUCAAGGCUUUCAUGCAUAAUGCUAAGCAUGUGAGUAGUCCCAUGGACUUUCAUGAAUGUGUGUAACUAUGUUGUUAAAUUGUACACUAAAAGAGCUAUUUGUACAAGUGCCGCCUGGCUUUGUCUAGACUAGCAUGGAUAACAACUUUUAGCUGACUUUCUCAUUUUUAAAUUGUUUAUUCUUGGUCACUCUAUUCCUUUUUGCAUUUUUCUAUUUCUACUUAUUGAAUUGUUUGAUCCCUUCCCCAUUGUUGAAUCCUUGCUGAAGGACGUGAAUUCAUACAAGUUACAGGGUAACUUCCAAAAACGUGAGCAUAAAUGGGGUGUAAAUCUUUCAUUAGUAGGGUCCUGAGUCUGCUUUUGUUGAGCGCACUACAUUUAGUUGGGGUGUAAAUCAGGUGUAAAAGGCUAUUUGUUCUUUUAUGCAGACAGUGAUAAAUUAUUACUAAAUUCCUUUUUUCUUUUAAAUAUCUACUAAAAUCACAAUCAAUACAUUUUCCAUACUUAUUAAAAAUACCUUUGAGUAUUGCUUAUUAUAAUCUCUUAGAAGCUUGAAACUGAACCAUAUUUCCUUACAUAAUACCUUUUUCCUUUGUGCUCCAUACACGAUAGGCCCCAGUUCAGCACGGUGCUCAACCAUUCCUAACACUAAGCAAGUCCAUUUGAAUGCAGUCGAGCAACUCAUGGCUUAAAGUUAGGCACAUGUUUAAGCACCUUGCUGAAUCUGGACCUAAGGCCACAUUCCUUCAGAGUGAUACACAGUAACUUCAUGUACUGUGAGUAAUCCCAUUGGCUUCAAAGGGAUUGUCCAGUGCAUAAAGUUAACCCCUUGCUUACUCCUGCACGCUCGUUAUGGCAGCAUGUAGAGUACAUGCACUUCCCACCUCCCUAGUAUGGGUAUAAAUAGCAGUGUAGGUGGUGAGGCAGUGCUUAGGUGAGCAGAGUAAAGACAUGCCUGAAUCCGUAGGGUGUGUACCCCAUGCAGCUCUCUGCAUGCCCAAGCAGUGCCUCCUCCAUCUACACUGUUAUUUUUAGCAGUGUAAUGUUCCUCUGCUGGAGUCUUUCCCCAUCACAGGGAAAGGCUCCCACAACGAGGAAAGACUCGGGCAGCUCCCUGUGGUGGGGACAGGCUCUGGCAGCGGAAAGCUGCCAGAGCCUUUCAUUGCUGCAUGUAGGUACACACCGCAAUGUGGAUGCAGCCUCUUUUUCACUGCAGUGCGUAGCAACACAUACUCUACACGCUGCCACCAUUGGUGGAGUACCCUAAGUCUUUUCAGGAGUGGGGCUUGAUUUGUUUACUGUGUCGUUGUCCAUGAAUGUUUAGAUGCCAAUAUUCAUUAUAUUAGGUUUUAAAAAAAGAAAUGGCUUGUUUAUUUGAGGUGAAAUUCACUCUUUUUGAAGAAAACCUUGUAAAAACUGCAUGAACUUCGCAAGUUGCUACAAAAGCAAAGAAAGAUGAGCUCCUACCAGUCUUGACAGUGUCUUCUCAAUAUACUGUAGACCGGGUUACUUUUUAUUACAUAUGUAAUACUGAGCACUAGCUGUGAAAGUUCCAUCAAUACUCUUUCCAAGCAUUGGGUUGUUAACUCCUGGGCUUUGAGCCGAACUCCAACUUGGGUGAUUAUAUUCUUGUUACCUAAAGUUUUAAAGAAAGUUGUUGUCGUUCCCUUCCUCUCCUAAAGUCUGUUGUGUAGUGUUGCUAGUGCAAAUGGCUACAUGUCAGUGGUGGGGUGAAGCGAUUCCUGUAUAAAUAGGAGCCAGACCCUGCCAUCAGUGGGAGUUCUGCAAUGGGGAAUGAUUGCAGGAUAUAGUUUAGAGUUUGUAAAGUACUGAGGGAUCUUCCAAGAUUAAAGUUGCUAUUUGUGUAUAUCGUAGAGGCAGGAUUUAUUAUUUACAAAAGAUCAAAUAUAAGAUUUUUUUUCUUGCUUACCACUUCUAGCCUGACAACUAUAGCUUAAGCUGUCAAGAAUUUAUAAUUCUUAAGUGAUGUAGCAUAACGAAUAGUAUUACAUAGUCCUGUAUGUACAUAUAUCAACACAAAGUUCUGCGUUGAUUAUCUUAAUUUGGCUGAAAAAUUCAGUAAGAGCUGACCAAAUCUUGCUUACUUUAUUGGUGCAAAUUGUCUCAUGGACUUCAAGAGUUACUUAUGAGUAAAUUGAGCAGGAUUUGACCCAUUAUUUGCAUAUGAGAGUUGAAUUGGACAAAGGCGGAGUUGCUGUAAAUGUGGUCAAAAUACAGAAGAAUUUAAAGUUAUAUGGAUAUUUUUGUUACGAAAUAUCAGAAGAAAAGGACACUGAAUCUUAGCAGAUAGCAGACAAUACAAUGUAUUAAAAUAAAGAAUUGCAGUAAGAUCACUUACAAUGGUACUUGCACAGUGUUAUUUAUUCUAUCAACAAUUGUCCUAAAGGAACACUACAGUGACAAGGGAGUUUUGUGGGUGUAAUCAAAACAGAAUUUAGCCCUAGAUUUUCAAAGUGGUUUUCCUUUAGAACAGUUAUGUUGAACAUCAACUGCUGGCAUUUCAAUCAAUGAAGUUGUCUUAUCCAAUUAUAUAAGCUUAGCAGGCUCGGUCCAUGCCUAGAUGGGAGACCAUCCCAUACCACUCCCCAAAAAAACCAGAUGCCUCUUUCCCCAUCCCACCCAAAAAAACCCACUCCCACCAGAAUACAGGUGCUACAGGAAAAUGUGUGGGAUCAAGUAUAUAUGGAAGUAGCAUUUUUCCAUUUGUGCCAGCUCUGAAUUAGUGCCCUAUCAAUGGUGAUAGGUAGGUGCUGUCUUUUGGAUGAGACUUACUCUCAAAUAAAUUGGUUAGUCUCUAAGGUGCCACAAGUACUCCUUUUCUUUUUGCGAAUACAGACUAACACGGCUGUUACUCUGAAACCUAUCAAAGUUCUGACCACCCUCAGUCAUUAAAGAUCCCAUGACACUUUUUGCCAGUGUAGCAGUGUGUUGCCUCUGGUGUCCUGACCAUAUUUCAGUUGGUUCAGCAUCUUUCUUCGCUGUCUUUCCUAAACAGUUGUAUAGUAUUGUUGUAUGCAGUUAAGUAGCCACUGUGUUUUAUCCCAGAGGAGCUGCAUUUCAGUGGUGGUAGAAGUGACUACCUGAAAAGCAGCGGUGUAGUGGUAAAAAAAAGAAUUGGAUAAACUAACUUAAACUAAACUCCAUAUUCACCAAAUGAGAAGUGAGUAAACUAUUUACCUGUGCUUAUACUUGACUAUACUACUGGUGAAACGGGAAUUUUUUUAAAGUGGUUUGGGAACUUUCACGAUGGAAGUUGAUAUAUACAUGUAAGAAGAUUAUUGUUAUUACAAAGUUAAAACCCAAUAACCUAGGUUUGUAUGUAUCUGAUGUCAGUGUUGGAGCUGGGAUUUUAACACUCUUGCUGUUCUUUUUUGUAGGCCAAUGCUUUUUACCUACCCAGAAAGCACUUUAAAACAGAAAAUGUAAAAAUAUCUGAGCCUGGGCAGUUUCAGCAGGCACACAAAGCAGCCUAUUCCCUCUCCCUUGUGCAAGCCCAGUCCUCGUGUCUGAAAUGAUAGCCAGAUCAGUGUAAGAACUGACUGGGGUUGACUCGAACCAUCCUCUUCAUAUCACAUUGUGAUCUAGACACACAUUACCAUUGGCUUUGUAAUUAUUGAGGUUAUUAUAGGGUCCUGAUUUAUCUGUUAUCUCUGAUUUACACCUGUUUCAGUGAGAGAACAGUCAGGCCCAUAGGAUACAUAUCGUAUCAUGGUAUGAUUACAUAUGUCUAUUUAGGUUAAACAUGGUCAAUCAAUACUAAUUUUCUAAGUCGGUAUAGUAUGUUGAGCCGAAUUCACUCCUAAAGUAACUUCAUUGAAAUCAGUGGCAUUACACUGGGGUUGAGUUUGACUCAUACGUUGUAGAAAAUACAUUUGCAGGAACAUCUCAUUCAGUAGGUUGUAUACAUAGGUUAUUUCUUGCUAAAAAUGUACCCAGAGAGGAUGAAAUGCUGGCUCUAUUGUAGUCAAUGGCAAAAUUCCCACUUGGAUUUCACCCUGAGUGGCUGUUGUGCCUCAUUAUUUAAACACUGCAUCACUAUUCAUAGCAAGCCUGUCAAAGUAAUAAAUAUGUAAAACAAUACAUUAGCCUAAAUAAAUAGCAUCAAUAAACAAAACACCAGUUAAAAAUAGUACAGUGUGCUCAAUAACUGUAAUGAACUACAAAACUCCCACUUCACACCAUACAGUGAGAGCAGCUGAAAAACAGAUAUUUCACAGUGGAAGAGCUAGCGAAUUUCCACAAGGAGAACUUUGACUUUCUUUUCUCGACAGGAGAAACUCGUAUUUGAAGUCAUCUCUAAUAAAUGAGACUCUGUGGGUCAAACAUCGUAGUGCAACUCUUCAGAUUUUUAUCUCUGACCAAUGUGAAUGAAAUGGUUGCAGAAGGAGCCAAUAUACUGUUACACACCCCACAACUUCACCCGUGACCAAGCCUUGUAUGCCAGAGGAUAUUGUUGGACAGAACUAAAAGAUGCCUUGCCAGGAGUUGAUGCCAGCCAUUGGCCCUCCUUGUUUGAGCAUAAGUUCCUUCCUUAUGCACUGCUGGCUUUUGCUGGCAUAAUGUACAUUCCAGCUCUUGGCUGGGAGUUUCUAGCCUCCACCAGACUGACUUCUGAGCUUAAUUUUUUGCUUCAGGAGAUCGAUAACUGCUACCACCGUGCAGCAGAAGGGCGUGCACCAAAAAUAGAAAAACAAAUACAAUCCAAAGGCCCUGGGAUCACAGAAAGGGAGAAAAGGGAAAUCAUUGAGAAUGCAGAAAAGGAAAAAAGCCCUGAGCAGAAUUUGUUUGAAAAAUACCUGGAAAGAAGAGGGCGAAGUAACUUUUUGGCUAAACUUUAUCUUGCGAGACAUUUAUUUAUCAUAUUUUUAAGCAUUAUACCAAUUACAUACUUAUCCACCUACUAUGCUACGCAGAAGCAAAAUGAGUUUACAUGUGCACUAGGAGAGCCUCCUGACAAAACGAGCAGCUCCAAAUUGCACAUCAGGGUGAACUGCAAGCUUCCAGCUGUCCAGCUGCAACGGAUAAUUGCUGGAGUAGACAUUGUCCUCCUCUGCUUUAUGAACUUGAUCAUUCUCAUCAACUUAGUUCACCUUUUCAUAUUCCGCAAGUCCAACUUCAUAUUUGAUAAACUGAACAAGGUUGGAAUAAAGACCAAGAAACAGUGGCAAAAGUCUCAGUUUUGUGACAUCAAUAUUCUGGCUAUGUUUUGCAAUGAAAAUCGAGACCACAUAAAAUCCCUGAACCGCUUGGAUUUUAUAACAAAUGAAAGUGAUCUGAUGUAUGAUAAUGUGGUGCGCCAGUUGCUUGCAGCACUGGCCCAGUCUAAUCAUGACGUCACACCCACCAUGCGCGAUUCAGGGAUUCAGACUGUAGACCCCAGUGUCGAUCCAGCAGACAUCGAUGCCAAUGAACAGCUCAUCAUCAAGAGACCUAGGAAGAAGAUGAAAUGGAUCCCAAGUAGCAAUCCACUUCCUCAGCCAUUCAAAGAGCAGUUAGCUAUUAUGAAGGUUGAAAACCACAAACCUGAAAAGCCGAAGCCAGUGCGCAGGAAAACAGCAACCGAUAGCCUCGUCGCUCCUCUGAUAGAGUCCACUUCAAAAACCUCACAGCAAUCAUCAUCUCAUAAAACUGAGUCAAACACCAUCUCCGGCACAGGCAAUGAAAAAAAACAUACACGGCACUUUUCUCUGGAUGUUCAACCAUAUAUACUUAGCAGUAAAAAACCCAAGCCAGAGAUUCAAGCCAUUGCCUCAAUGCCUACAUCCAAAAGCCAAGAGGGUGGAUUUUUAAACCAAGAGGAGAAUGUCGUAGUUCAUGUCACCUCUUCUCUCAAAGUCAUCCCAAAUCAUGAGAAAGAGAUUCUGUACUCAUCUGAGACAUGCAGAACUGUCCCUGCUGCUGGGGCUUACCUCUCAUGUAAUCACAAUCAUACAGCAACAACUGCUGCUGCAACAAAUAUAACCCUGAGCCACAUCAAACCAGAGCCAACAGCUGCACUGAAUCGUAAUCCCACUCACCCUCUGCUGAACGUCAAUACACUGUAUGAAGAUCACGAGGAAGAGGUUUCCAACCUUAUAGACAACAGUAUUCAUUCACCAACUGAUGCAGGGGAAAUACUCUCCCUACCUACCCCAAAGCAUAUAAUGAUGGCAACAUUUGAAGAACCAAGGGCAAUAGUGAGUUCUGUGGAGUACUAAAGAUAUAGUGCUGCAUGGAUAGAACCUGGUGGUCAGGUCCAGUACUCCUGUAAUGGAACCCUCAACAAUGCAAUUCACUGCAUGAGCAUGGAGAGUUUUAAUACAGACCAUAGGCUUUGGUAAUACUACAAAUUGAUUUUUCAGGAUAGCAUCAUCACCACUGUCACUAGUUUGCAAAAUAGAAUAAUAAAAAAAAAAAUUGGAUGAAAGUAUGCCUUUACCUCCAAGAGUAUCCAAGCACAAAAAGUUAGCUGUAGCUUCAUCAAUUAAAUAUGGAUCGAUACAAUUUUUGAAACGCUAAAAGAGUUUGAUGGCAUGUCACAGUGAUUUUUACAGCGCACUUAUAUCUUUGUAUUUACAAUGGCUAAUUAAAGUUAAAUAGAUAUUGGUGAGGUGUAUCUUCUAUUUUAAUGGCAGGAGUUAAAUAAGAGUUUAAUAAUAAGGAAAAUAUAUUUUUUUCUCCAUGGACUUUAUGAAAAAGACAUAUGCAAGAAACAUUUUUUUUGUUUUUGUUUCUUUGGCUCACUAGUGUUGGACUUGAUGGACAUUUAGGAUAAGGGCUUACUAACACCAGCAUAUAGUGCAAAAAGGAUUGAAAUGCUUCAGUCUGUUGAAUUUGUGGGUGAGAGGUAUGCCCUGCCCUUUAACAAGCUUAUAUGUCAAUGGAAGAUGAUGAAAUGAAGAGUUUAUUUUCUUAAAUAUAUUUUACCAUUGAAAAAUUACUUUAAUAGCUUUUCAAAUCAGGUUUUGCUUUUAUCAAAAUGGAGAGAAGAGGGUCAUUCUAGCAGCUUAUUUUUGCAUAGUCUAUUUAUGAACCAAGUUAGAAACUUUCACAGGUGCUUCACUAACAUGAAAAAAUCCUACAAUGGUGAUGCAGUGUAAAACCAGCAAUGUUUUCAAACAAUGCAGAGUUAAAGAGGAUUGUUAAUUUAUGUUUGCAGUCUCUUCUGGACUCUGAUCCAGCAAAGCACUUAAGCACAUGCUUAACUAAGCAAGUGAGUAGUCCCACUGAAGUCACUUGAGAAUACGCACAUGCUUAAAGUUAAGCACAUGCUUAAGUGGUUUUUCUGGAUCUGGGCCAUAAUGUAUACGGACAAUAAUCCUGCAGCAUGUGCUGUCAUUCUGAUUCAAAGUCUGUCUUCCUUAGCCCAAAAUACAUCCUCAUGCCCAUUCAUCCUAUAACUUGGACAUGUGUGAUUUUAUGAGAAAAUUCUAACAUAAGUAAAAAAUGUACUAAAAAUGUAUCAUGCAAUAAUCAUUCUCCUCAAAAGUAUAGUCAGACAAGAAGAGACUAUAUUAAAAUGAUAUUCACAGCUGCAUUCAAAAUUAUGAACUACUGUGUUUGCUUCAAAAUUCUGUAUGAUGGUAGAAAAAUUAGAGAGCACAAGUAUGGGACUGAAAUAUUGAAUAUAUUUUUAAUUUAUAUUACCUCAGACAUGGAUAUAUGAUACCAGUAUUUAAUGAACUAUAGCACUGAAUAUAAAUAAACAUUAUUCUGAAUAUCUUUAA